GCCUCAAGCUCAGCACUUACCAGACGUAGCUCUUGUUUCUCCCUCUCUCCGGAAGAGCAUUCAGGAAGAUGACCAAGUUCCGUCAACUAGCUCCCACUGCCGAACCUGCACCAGAAACAUGUCUACAUCUGUGUCAGCUCACCUUACCGCCAGUCCAGACUUAGAUGAUUUGUGGUCGCAAGCUGUGUCAAAAGCCACGAGGGCGGUAUACAGAGCAGGGGUUCAAGCCUUUUUAACCUUCAUGGCUAUGUGCGGGUUUGUGUGGCAGCCCCGUGUGUUACCUCCAUUGUCGGAAGAUUCAUUGUUAUUGUUUGUAGCCCACUGCCAUCAUCGACUACAUUUACGUUAUACGACCAUCAAGAGUUAUCUGUGUGGAGUGAGAUUCACUUAUCUGAGGCAUAAUGUGCCGAAUCCAUGGUGUUCUAGGAAUCUGCUACGAGUAGAAACAAUCAUGAAAGCUAUUAAGAAAGAACAAGGUGUUAACCCAAGUGUGCGACUACCAAUUACUGUUGACAUUUUACAGAAGAUUUGGAUCACCCUAGAGAAAGGACUAUUUUCACCGUUCACAGACUUAUUGAUUAAGACUGUGUGUUCAGUCGCCUUUUUUGGCUUUCUACGUUGUGGAGAAUUUACAUGUGACCAUUUUGAUGCAAAAUUUCAUUUGUCUCUCAGCUCUGUCGUGUUUAGACCAGAUUGUACAUCGUUUGAUUUGACACUUAAAUCGUCUAAGACAGAUCCUUUUCGCAGGGGUAUAACAUUGUCCAUCCAUGCAGUUCCAACAUCUUAUUGUCCGGUACGUUGUCUACAGGAAUUUAUUCAUCAUAGGAGGGCCAUGGGAGCUGCUCAGCAUGAUCCUUUAUUUGUUAAUGAGCAGAAUAUACCCCUUACCAGGUCUUUCUUUAUUCAAAAAUUAAAACACACAUUGUCUAGGACAGGAUAUGACCAAGAGAAAUACAACGGUCACUCAUUUCGUACUGGUGCGGCUACCUCAGCUUCCACGGCUAAUAUUCCAGACCACCUGAUCAAGACUCUAGGCCGGUGGUCAUCAGACUGUUAUGUUCGAUAUAUUGGGGUGCCCAAAUCAUCCAUAGCACAGGCUCAACGUGCGAUGGCACAACAUAGGGGUAACUGCUUGUCCUAGAUGUAUAUGUAAUGCCUUUGGGGAUUCUCAGUCAAUUCUUUACUUUUUUGGGGGGGUAUAUUUACCCCUGCAGUCAUUAGGAUGGGAUGCAUUGGAUGCAUGUUGUCAAAACACAGGUCAGGCUUGACCUCCAUCAUGUCCAUGGUAUUUAGCAUCUAAUGCGUUUCUAUCUGUAGUGUAGAAUGAUAGAUGUGUUGUUAAUUGUCGAAACCUUAGUAUUCUUUGUAUCACUCUCGACAAUUGAUCCCAACAGAUUGGGCCUGACCGAUGCUCAGUCAGGUACACAUAAGUCAGGUACAUGUAGUCGAUUCUCCUGUGUUUAUACCCAAUGCUUGGGAAGGUUGUCAGUUGUGAAAGGCGAAUCGAUCCCUAGCUGGGCAUGAAUGAUGCUCAGUCAUGUACAUGUACCAAUAGCUUUCUAGUCACAUGUUUACAGUGAGAAUACCCUUACGCCAAACUUGUUAGAUAUGUGUUAUAUUGAACCUGGUUCAGUCAUUAAAUCAUUGUUGCAACUUUCGUGUUGAAUUGUCAUUAUAAAUUGGUGCUCAAUGUAUAUUGAGUGAGUUUAUAAUGACAACUUAAAACUGCUAUGUCGUUAUUUUCUCAUAUUUUCCAAGUUUAAUGUAACAUACAAUAAAUUGUUAUGUAUUAAUUCCAUCAGCUUUUGGCAUUGGCACGUCAUUAAUUAUUUUCUAUGGUUUCAUUAUUAGGUAACAUAAGACAACAUUAAAAGCCAGGAGACAUCUUCUGCAGUUUAUUACCAGAUAAGUGUAACACUAACCACCCGGUUAUGUAUUAAUAUUAUUAUAAGAAUCUACAAUAAACAAACGUCCGUAAUACAUACAUGUCUCAUGCAUGAUGCUAUUUAUAGUAACAGGAUACGGAUGGGAUGCAUUGGAUGCAUGUUGUCAAAACACAGGUCAGGCUUGACCUCCAUCAUUUCCAUGGUAUUUAGCAUCUAAUGCGUUUCUAUCUGUAGUGUAGAAUGAUAGAUGUGUAGUUAAUUGUCGAAACCUUAGUAUUCUAUGUAUCACUCUCGACAAUUGAUCCCAACAGCUUGGGCCUGACCGAUGCUCAGUCAGGUACACAUAAAGUCAGGUACAUGUAGUCGAUUCUCCUGUGUUUAUACCCAAUGCUUGGGAAGGUUGUCAGUUGUGAAAGGCGAAUCGAUCCCUAGCUGGGCAUGAAUGAUGCUCAGUCAUGUACAUGUACCAAUAGCUUUCUAGUCACAUGUUUACAGUGAGAAUCCCCUUACGCCAAACUUGUUAGAUAUGUGUUA